GUUGUGCGCAUGCGCGAAUCAUCCUCCGUUCAUCAGUUGGAUAUUAUAAGUGCAGCCUAGAGAGCGGAACGUGGUUCAGUCUGCAGUAUCUGGACCGGUCCGAGGCGGGCAGGAAGAACAUUUGGAGGCGAUGGGGGACAAAGAGAAAAAGAAGAAGGAUAAAAGCUCAGAAAGAGUCACUCUUAAAAAAGAAAUUGGACUUUUGAGCGCUUGCGCUAUUAUCAUCGGGAACAUCAUUGGCUCUGGAAUAUUCAUUUCACCUAAAGGAGUGCUGGAGCAUGCAGGCUCAGUGGGGCUUUCACUCAUCGUCUGGGUCUGUGGAGGGGGGAUCUGCGCCCUUGGGUCCCUGUGCUAUGCUGAACUGGGUGUCACCAUCCCAAAGUCUGGAGGGGACUAUUCAUAUGUGACAGAAAUCUUUGGAGGGCUAGUGGGUUUCCUUUUGUUAUGGAGCGCCGUCCUCAUCAUGUAUCCGACCACUCUGGCUGUCAUCGCUCUCACCUUCUCCAAUUACGUCUUGCAGCCAGCCUUCCAGAACUGCCUCCCUCCGUACAUUGCCACCAGACUCCUCGCCACCAUCUGUAUCUUGUUCCUGACCUGGGUGAACUGCUCCAGUGUGCGCUGGGCGACCAGGAUCCAGGAUGUUUUCACUGUAGGAAAACUCCUCGCUCUGGUACUCAUCAUAGUUGUUGGACUCGUCCAAAUCUUUCGAGGACACUAUGACGCCCUGCGGCCCAGUACAGCCUUUGAAUUCAGCGAGGACCCAUCAGUGGGACAGAUAGCGCUGGCCUUUCUUCAAGCCUCCUUCGCCUACAGCGGCUGGAAUUUCCUCAAUUAUGUCACGGAGGAAGUCGUGGAGCCACGCAAGAACCUGCCCCGUGCCAUCUACGUCUCCAUCCCACUGGUGACACUGGUCUACACUAUGACCAACAUUGCCUACUUCUCCUCCAUGACCCCUGAGGAGCUGCUGGCCUCUAAUGCUGUGGCAGUGACAUUCGGGGAAAAGCUGCUGGGGAUGUUUUCUUGGGUGAUGCCGAUCUCUGUAGCUCUUUCUACCUUUGGAGGGAUCAACGGAUAUCUGUUCACCUCCUCCAGACUGUGUUUCUCUGGAGCCAGAGAGGGUCACCUGCCCUAUCUCCUGGCUAUGAUCCACUUGAAAAACUGCACCCCAAUCCCAGCCCUGCUGCUCUGCUGCGUAGCCACCAUAGUCAUCCUGUGUAUUGGGGAGACACACAACCUGAUCAACUAUGUGUCGUUCAUCAACUAUCUGUCCUAUGGGGUGACCAUUGCUGGCCUCCUCUACCUCCGCAAGCAGAGACCCAACCUGGCCCGACCCAUCAAGGUGAACAUGUUGGUCCCCAUCAGCUACUUGAUAUUUUGGGUUGUGCUGCUGGGCUUCAGUCUGUACUCUGAACCUGUGGUCUGUGGCCUGGGGAUGGUCAUCAUGCUGACUGGAGUCCCUGUAUACUUUCUGGGUGUUCAUUGGAAGAACAAACCCAAAUGGAUCUACAGGCUAGUAGAAAGAGUCACGUACAAGGGCCAGAAGUUGUGUUAUGUGGUGUUUCCUCAGGAGGACCCUUUAGAGACAGAGCCCCUCACUGCAUCCAAAGCCACUGACUGAGCAGUGCAGCCAAGCAGGAAUUCCCUCCAGUUACACCUGUACUUCCAAUUUUUACCUUUUGGUCAGAUUGUGGAUGGUGAAGGAAACGGUUUCGUCUUGCACAGCUGCAGCUUGGGGCAUUGGCUUGUUCAGGCCUGAAGCUGCCUAAUGUGUUUAUUAUUGGUUGGUUUGGUUGUACCGUCCCCCAUGCUCCUCAUCUGUGUGCCAACUUCUCCCGUUCAUACAGAUCUCCUCCCUUCGACUCACUCAAGGAACCCCGUCUGUCACUUUCUGCUUCGCUUCCAACAUAUUCUGCUUUUAUGACUUUAACUAAAUCCUUGAGCUAAUGUGCCUUAUGAAAUGUGUGUGAUGGUUUAUAUAGUGGAUUGGUUUGUGCGGGUAUUUUGAUUGUGUAACAUUUAUGAGGUAAAUAUGCAAGCAGGUUCUGCACUUAGCAAUACUUCUUUAUUACUGCUGCUACCUUCAGCUCUAUUUCACUAAUUACUCACAUGAUGUUUACUGUUCGUCAACUGUGGAUGAGUGUUUUCUGCCUAGAUCUCUGCCUGGCUACAGUAUCUAGCUGUCCUUUUUACCCUCGCUCUUGUCUUUAUUCUAUGACUACUCUUUCUUGAGAGAUACUGCAGGUGCCUUCAUACUAGAAUAUUAUUGUUAGAGAUUUUCUUCACGACACUCAUCUUUCCCAGCAUAAUUUACAGCACAGGAGAGACAUGAGGAUGAAGGGAAGUUUGUGGCUGUGAACUAAAAUGAAUAAGCUUCAUCAUUACAACACAUGCUGACCAGCUGUUUUUCAGAUUUUUAAUGUUCACCUAUCUCCCUCUUUGGUCUCUGAGCACCCCAAGUGUCUGUUCAGCUUCAUCUCUGGGAAUGCCACUGUGAACUCUUUCAAGGUGCUUGACCGGCCAAGACAGUUAUUGGAUUUCAGAUUUCUCAGCCUGAUGUUAUGAUACAGUACUUGCCCUCAAUGUGUUGUUCAAUAGCAAUAUCAUGAUCCAUACUGACAGAUGGAUGGCUGGCAGUUUACUUGUGCACGGGCCUUCUUCCACCUCCCCAAAGACAUCAACUCUGCAGUUACAUCUGGUCCACUGACUUACUAUGAUACUGUUGAAUUCAUUUUAGUUCCAGUGGUACUUUUGACUCAAGGUCUUGACUCAUUAUGAGGCAUUUGAAAUAUGAAAUUAUUAUUAUUAUUAUUAUUAUUAUUAUUAUUAUUGUCAAAUUUCCAUAAUAAGUAGAUUUCCUUGCUGAAGCUGUGGUACCACAACCGUAACACAUUAUGCUAAUUUACUGUGGUCCAGGAGAUAUUUGUGUUUGGGUAAUCUCUUAAUGCACUUUUCUGGAAUCUGUUUAUAUUAUGUACAUAUAACAGAGUGUGGAAGGUUUUUUAACAUGAUGACACCAGCAGGUUGGGACAUGGUUUGAACACGUGUCCUUUUCCAUGACAGCAGAUGCUGGGAGUUUACCCCAGCAUCAAAUCCACAAAAAGAGACUCUCACUUAUCUGUCUGCCAUGUCCAGGCGCUGUUAGCUCAGUUGAGAUCUGUAAAUAAUAUGUAAAGAAGAAAAAGAAAACUGUUACAAAUGCGCCAGGGACUCCUACAAAGACCACAUUCCUCAGACAUGUUGAUACAUUUACAUACUGUACGACUGAUGGGUGUACCUCUUUGUUUUGUAAGCGUGUUAAGUUGUACAAGAAUAACAAUGUA